AUGCCUCGCAAAGCACGCGCCGCCAAUCCCACUCAAACACUCAUCAUCCAAGGCAACGAGGACGUACCAUCGGCUCUCGAGAACAAGGUCACCAACGAGUCACUAGCAAAAUGCAACAUGCAGUCGCAGUCACCAUUGUUCGGCGUACUCCCACCGGAGCUUCGAAACGACAUCUUUGAGCUUGCAACGCAGCCGUACGACGACGAGCGACACGUCUACAAACCAAAUGCCUACUUCUAUCGACCUGGCCACCAUGCCAAGCAAAAAGUCGAUACAGCGUCCAUGCUGACUUGCCGGCGGGUGUGGUUGGAGGCAAAUUAUUUGCCGAUGAGGCAGUUUGAGCCCACAUUUUGGUUCAAAGGUGAAGAACGACGCCCCGACUGGACUCAUCAGGCAAAGUCGCCUAGGAGCAAGUACAAUCUUCGCCACAGCAGGCCGUCGGUCAAUACCACCGAAGAGAAUCGUUAUAAGACAUUCGUAGUGUCCCUGACUGCGGCCAACGUCGACAAUCUUCAGACCCUACACUUUCUCGGACAACUCUACUGGCUUGAAUCCGAUUGUCUUCACCUACUGUUGACGGGCGGCAGCAUCCCGACAGUGCCACACGUGAAAGUCACAGUACGGCACACUGACUGGUGGUGGUGGGAGUCAGAUGAAGAGCUCCGCCUGGACUAUGACUGGAUUGUUACACUACUCGCGCAGACUUUUGCCGCGACUUCCACCUCGACGUUCGAGUUGCAGCUCGAGACGCUAUCUGGCAAGGUCCCUCAGCUGGAAGCAAUCAUCGAAGACAUCAAGGAGGGACAUUCUAUGAUCACGGAGAGAGAUGGCGAUCGCUACUGGAAGCUGCAGGACGAGUCUGGAAAGGAGGUUCUAGCUUGGGAUGGACCAGCAGAUGUUGGUGGCAUCAGAUGGCGCAUGGCACACUCUGCAGAUGGCGAGAAGCUAGAGUAUCGCGUCCACAGCUUGGUGUGGAAGCGCAAUGGCGCAUAA